AUGAAGGCCAGCGUCGGUCCAAAAGUCUCAGUCCUAAGCUGGCGGCGCACACGGUGCAGUGCUCCAUCUGCCAGUACGGUGGAGGGCACCGGUGGUGACGACAGCGGCAUGCCGCCGCCCACGCCCCAGCCGGGUCGGCAGCACAGCGGCGGGGGAGCUUCUGCCGCACCCGUAGUGGGUCCUCAGCCGGCAACAGCUGCGGGUCUAGCAGCCGCACUUCCGAAUAGGGCAACCCCCCCAGCUGCCCGAGGAGAUGCUGGUGCCGGAGCCGGUGUGGCCGGAGGGUCAGGAGGACCGCCCACGUUGAGCGACGUCGUGUUCGACAAGAGCUGCAUGACGGUGCUAACGAAAGAUAACAUUUAUAUGGACAGCAUGCACAUCACAAGAGAGAUGGAGGUUGGUAUCUUCGCGGAUUUGGUAUGGCUGUGGCAGUUGAAAGGACGUGGCACAAUUGACUUCGUCGACGAGAGAGGAAACAAGACGUGGGAGGUGCUCGUGGGCAAGAUGCCCGGAGGCUCGUAUUCGCUGUGCACCGAGCGUGGAGGUGAAAUGUGGAACUACCUCGAAGCAGAGGAUGGGAGCAUUGCGGCGCUCGAGCGCGUCAAGGGCCUUCCUACCUUUAUUGUCCGUGUCUACCCUCGGUGUGUCAGGAAAGAUGCGGCCACGCAGUCGCCAUUGCAGCAGGAGGGGGAGGAAUGGCGGCAGCUCGCGCAGCAUCACCGGCAACAGCAGCGGCAGCAACAUGAGGACGAGCAGCGCCGGCAGCUGCGGCAGCAGGAAGAGAUGCUGCGGCAGCAGGAAAAGCUGCUGCUGCAGCUGCAGCAGCAGAAAAAGGGGCUGCUGCGGCAGCUGCGGCAGCAGGAAGAGAUGCUGCGGCAGCAGGAAAAGGGGCUGCUGCGGCAGCUGCGGCAGCAGGAAGAGAUGCUGCUGCAGCUGCAGCAGCAGGAAAAGGGGCUGCUGCAGCUGCAGCAGCAGGAAAAGGGGCUGCUGCGGCAGCUGCGGCAGCAGGAAGAGAUGCUGCUGCAGCUGCAGCAGGGGGAAAAGGGGCUGCUGCGGCAGCUGCGGCAGCAGGAAGAGAUGCUGCGGCAGCAGGAAAAGCUGCUGCUGCAGCUGCAGCAGCAGGAAAAGGGGCUGCUGCGGCAGCUGCGGCAGCAGGAAGAGAUGCUGCGCCAGCAGGAAAAGCUGCUGCUGCAGCUGCAGCAGGAGGAAAAGGGGCUGCUGCGAUGCUGCUACCGCCGCUGA